AUGGAAAAUACUGAUACAUUCCAAGUAAAUAACAAAAAAAGUAAUGUAAAUAAUGAUGAAUGUGAUCAAGAUGAAAACAGGCAUCCCCUAACCAAUACAAAUACAGUAAUAUUAAGUAAAAAAAGUUUUAUAGAAAAUAUGUUAAAUGAUAAUAACGAAAAUAAAAUAGAAAAUAGUGAGAAUUCAAAUAAUAAUGAGAAAAAAAUUACAACUAAAACAAGUGAUUCAAAUAAAUCUGACGAUAUUAAUAAUGGGGGAAUAAUAAAAAAUAGUAAUUUAAAAAAAUCAAGUAAUACAAAUAAUAAAAAAUAUAAAAAAAUCACAUUAAAUAAUGAAGUAAUCGAUUUAAAAGAAUAUACCACAAUUGAAAAAAAUGAUAGUGGUAUAUCACAGGAUGAUAAACCAGUUGACACAUGUCAUAAUAACGAAAUGAGUUAUAAUAAUGAAAAUGAUAAAAAUUCGAGAAAUAGUUCAACUAAUUGGAGCAGUGAUGAUUCAUAUAGUGAUAGCAGUGACUCUAGUUAUUCUAGUGGAGAUGAUAAUAAAAUAUAUAAUAAUGAAGAUAAUAACAAAAUAUCUGAAUUCAAUAAUGAACAUAUAAUAAAAGAGUUGGUAAAAGAUGAUAAUGAACUUAGACAUAUUUUAAUUGAUAUAAAAAAUAGAAGUGAUGAUAAUAAUGUUACACAUGAAAUGCUUAUAAACGAUUUAGAUAAGAAAAAGGGAAAUAAUAUUUUUCUUUGCAAAUCUCACAAAUCUUUAACUCUAGUAGAUAAUUCAAAAAAUAAAAAUGGUAAUUAUGAAGCAUUUGAAGAUAGUGGAGAAGAUAGACAGAAAUUAUACAAAUUAAAAAAGGGUAGUACUUAUGAUAAUAAUAAUAGAUUUUUCAAUAUGCUUAAAAAUAAUAUAGAUAUGAAUAUGAAUAAAAAUGUUGAUGAAAAUGUAAAUAUAAAUGAUAAAGACAAUAAAAAUAGAACUCGAACUAAUUCUAACUUUAACGGUUUAUCAAGCCAAUUUUAUGGAAAUAUUAAAGAAUCAAAUGAUAGUAUAAAAAGAUAUAAUGAAACAAAGACAAGAAAAAAUAAAGGAUUAAUAAAUAUAUUUGAAAAAAUUUUUUAUAAAAUAUGGAAAACAAGCGUAAUAAUAAAUAAUGAUGCUUGUGGUUCUAAUAGUAAAUAUGAAACCAAUACAUUUAAAAGUAAUAUUACUAGUCAUUAUUUAAAAUGUAAUAGUGAAAAUGAGUUAAUAUCUCAAUUACCAUUAAAAUUUAAAGAUGACACAAUAGAAGCAUUAUAUGUGUUGAACUUGAAUAAUUGGAUUUCUUUAAAAAUGAUAAUUAUAGGAAUAAUUAUGUUAAUUUUGGGAAUAUAUAUAUGGACAUUAUGCAUAUGGUCUUUUAGAAUGAAUAUAUGGAACCAUGACAGCCAUAUUAUUUUACUAUUUAAUACUUUAAUGAGCUUAAACUCUAUUAUAUUUAUAUUUUUUAUAAUUGUUGGAUUUACUAGAUUAAGUAAAUAUGCAGAGUUUAUUUCGUAUGUUCUAUUUACUGUAAUGGUCAGUAUAUGGGGAACAUGGAAUAUAGCUACUAGUUUAUUAUUAAAUAAUAAUUUUGCAGUAAACGAAGGAUCAUAUAUAUUUUCAUCCGUCGAAACUGUAUAUUCUUUGGCGUAUAUUUAUGGUUUCCUUCCGCUUGUAAUUAUGGACGUCUUUUUUACAUCCAGAACAAAGUAUAAUUGGUUUAUACAUGUAAUAUUUCUACUAUUAAAUUCGAUUAGUAUAAUAACCCUUAGAUCACGGAAUCCCAAUUUGAUGCCUUUUGCAUAUGUGAUUUUUCGUAUUGCCGUAUAUGUAAUUCUUUGUCUAUUUCUAUAUAUGGGAUGUUACGCAUCGGAAUUUCAAAUGAGAUAUUUUUUUUAUAAUAUAAUGGUAACUGGAUGCAAAUUAGACAAAGCAGGAUUGGGAAUAAAUAAAAAUAACAAAAAUAAUAAUAAACAAUUUUCAAGUGCAAUAGAAGAUUUAAUUCUUAUGAUAAAAGAGUGUACUAAAGUUAUGGUGGAUCUGGAAAACGAACCGGAUGUAAAUUUUAAUGUUCAUAAAAAAUCAUCCUAUUGUGUUGACAUUUUAGAACGUUGCUUGUCAACGCUUACAAAAACCGAUAACCUUUAUAAUGUAGACUAUGAAUUUUUCGACAAACUUGAGAGCAAGAAAUUUGUAGAAGCAUAUAUAAGUAAAGAAGGAAGUAAUUUUAAUAGUGACCAAUUCAACCCAGAUUAUAAGAUAAAUACGCCCUUAUCUUAUAAAAAUUUGAUAUGUAUAGAUAAAGUUGAUAUGGAUAAAAAUAAUAUUAAAAAAUUUUUAAAAAAUAUAAAUAUACCUCAUGUUACUAACAUGAUUAAACUACUUGAUAAAAAUAUAUUGUCUGAAUGGGAUUUUAAUUGCUUAAAAUAUUUUAAAAAAGAAAAGUAUCCCUUUUUUGAUAUCAAUUUAUCAGUAAUGUGUACAAUUGAUCAUAAAAUACCAAUGGAUUUAAUUAUAAAUUUUUUAGCAUUUGUUGAAAAACAAUAUAAUAAUGUUCCGUAUCACAACACUAUGCAUGCUACCAUGGUAACACACAAAUUUUUUUGCUUAACUAAGAAAUUAGGAAUAUUUGAGCGCAUCGAUUACAAAAUGAAGCUAGUUAUGUUUAUAUCAGGGAUUUGCCAUGAUAUAGGUCACCCUGGUUACAAUAAUAUGUUUUUUAUUAACAGUUUUCAUCCAUUAAGUAUAAUUUAUAAUGAUAUUAGUGUACUUGAAAAUUAUCACGCAUCUAUAACGUUUAAAAUUUUACAACUAAAUCAGUGUAAUAUUUUAAAAUCAUUCUCCGAAAAGGAAUUCCGACAAAUACGUUCAUACAUUAUAGAACUAAUUCUGAGCACAGAUAUGAAGCAUCAUUAUGAAAUCAUUUCAAAAUUUAGGAUAAGACGAGAAAAUGAAAAAUUUGAUUAUAUAAAGGAUGAUGAUGAUUUAUUAGCAUUAAUGAAAAUGAUUAUUAAAAGUGCAGACAUAUCUCAUGGGGCUGUUAAAUGGAGAGAACAUUAUAAAUGGUGCCAAAGAGUAUUAUGUGAAUUUUAUUUUCAAGGGGAUGAAGAAUUAAAUAAUAAUAUACCUAUUUCUCCAUUGUGUGAUAGAAAAAAGCAUAAUGAAGUAGGACAAUCCCAAAUUGCCUUUUUAAAAUUUGUUGUUAUGCCUCUAUUUGAAGAAUUAUCAUAUAUAGAUCAUUCCCAAUUUGUCAAGAACUACUGUCUAAAAAGGUUAAAUAGAAACCGCCACAUGUGGAGCAAACUUAUAAAUGAAGGAAAGGAAAUCAAGGUUUAUGAUACAUCAAAAAAAAGGAAAAAAGAAAAAGACGAGUUAAAAAAAGCGGAUAAAACUAUAAUCAAUAACCGAAAAAAAAGUUAUAUUGAUUUAACAUUAUUUUUUAUAAAAAAUAUUUCUGAUUGA